AAUCACUGUGAGCUGCUAUGUUUAGACUAGGCUAAAGAGGGUAAAAGUAGAAGCAAGAGAGCAGGCAAGAAGCCACUGCAGUCGCCCAGAGAAGAGAUAAUGGCAUCUUGGAACAGGGAAGUAAGCAGUGGCUAUAGCGAGUAGUUAUUUUUAAAAGUCACUUAUCUCAUAACUCCUUGCCUCUAAUUCACUCUGAAGAUAAAUGAAUAUGUUUCUUUCAUAGGAUAACCCCUUUCUUCAGAAAAGUUUUUUUGUCCCUAUUGCCCUCACACUGAAGUCCCAACUCCAUAAGGUUCUGCUUCUUCUAUCAUUGCUCUCAAAUCUACACCUUAUCGUCUUUCAGGUCCCUCUCCGUUCAUUUCCCUCCGCUGUGCCUUUCUUUUCUAUUUCCACCACACUUCUUUUCCCUACUCCCAAUCUCCAGUUGUGCCCACACAAAGACCCACUUCCUCCAGAAAGUUUUUCCCCCGUCUCCGCUGGUAUCUCUCGUUUCUUGAUUCUCCAACUGUACUUGAUGUUAAUACUCCACGGUCAUUUUAUCCUUGUUUUCGUUUGAUUUUGAAUCCCACUUUUUAAAAAGUCUCUAGGGACGUCGGUGUACCAGGUCUUGUGCCCCUGCAUCCUCCCCAGGUCCGGGACUGGACCUAUGCCACCGCUGGAGCUCGCUGCCUCAGGGUGUCCACAUGUGGUAGUGUCCGAGCCGUCCUCCCCUCCUCCCUGGGCAUCUGCUCUGCAUUAGUCUGUCCCAGGCCUCCGCAGGCGCCGAUGAUUGAAUCAUCAUCAUUAACCAGGGCCUGCCCCCCCAACUUCGGCGGCAGGAGGGGGUGAUGGGGGUGGGCACGAUCACUACCAAGUCCCUGGGGUCCCUCCUUCCCCGCCACCCGCUACGACGUUCCGCAGAGCUCCAAGAAACCUCCGCCGUGGAGGGGGACAAGGCCUGCCAUCGGGAUGAAGUUCCGUAAUGCGGGCGCGUAGUAGGACACAAGCAGGGGACCCGGAGGGGUUUCUUUUAUCAGGGACGUCGCCACAGGAGAUCGACAACCCUGAGCGGUGGCGGGCGGAGACCGCCGGGCCUUUGGGGUAGAAGGCUGCAGUCUUUUGCAAGCUCCAAAAGUCAGUCCCGAGAUCGUGUAGGGUCUACUAUGACGAUUACUACAGGAGGUCGAGGAGAUAGGACCCCUUCCCACCAACCCCCUGGACGCCCUAAUUACAGAUUGAAGAGGGGGAGGGGCCACUGGGGCUCAGGUGAGCACACGGGGAGAAGGGACAUGGGCGGGGCCUUACAGAGGGUCAGCGAAUCCGAAAAGACCUAAGCCUUCGUUGCGGGGCGACAAGUCCCGCCCCGCAGGCGGCACCGGAAGUAGCAGGCCGAGAUCAGCCUUUAAGAUGGCGUCUCCUCAGGGGGGCCAGAUUGCGAUCGCGAUGAGGCUUCGGAACCAGCUCCAGUCAGUGUACAAGAUGGACCCACUACGGAACGAGGAGGAAGUACGAGUAAAGAUCAAAGACUUGAACGAGCACAUCGUCUGCUGCCUGUGCGCAGGCUACUUCGUGGAUGCCACCACCAUAACAGAGUGUCUUCAUACGUUCUGCAAGAGUUGUAUUGUGAAGUACCUCCAAACCAGCAAGUACUGCCCCAUGUGUAACAUCAAGAUCCAUGAAACACAACCACUGCUCAACCUCAAACUGGACCGGGUCAUGCAGGACAUCGUGUACAAGCUAGUGCCAGGCUUGCAAGACAGUGAAGAGAAACGAAUCCGAGAAUUCUACCAGUCCCGAGGCUUGGACCGGGUCACCCAGCCCAGUGGGGAAGAGCCAGCCCUGAGCAACCUUGGCCUCCCCUUCAGCAGCUUCGACCACUCAAAAGCCCACUACUAUCGCUAUGAUGAGCAGCUGAGCCUAUGCCUGGAGCGGCUGAGUUCUGGCAAAGACAAGAAUAAAAGCAUUCUGCAGAACAAAUAUGUCCGGUGUUCUGUUAGAGCUGAAGUUCGCCAUCUCAGGAGGGUCCUGUGUCAUCGCUUGAUGCUAAAUCCCCAGCAUGUGCAGCUCCUCUUUGACAAUGAAGUUCUCCCUGAUCACAUGACCAUGAAGCAGAUAUGGCUGUCCCACUGGUUCGGCAAGCCAUCCCCUUUGCUUUUACAAUACAGUGUGAAAGAGAAGAGGAGGUAGGGGCCAAGCCCCCACCCAUCUUUGUCCCCUUCCCUCCCCAGAUAUUUAUGUGAAAUUAACUUCGGCUUUAUUUUUUGAAAUAAAAACUUUAAAAAAGCA